CAGAAGGGCGAGAGAUUCUCAUCGAUUCGAGAAUCUGGUCCGAAACUAGCAGCUUGACUGUUGGCAUAAUGUCAGGCUUGUUAUCGUAUUUCGGCUGGGCCGUUCUGCCAAACUAUGUGACUUCUAUUCUUCAAAGCGUGUACUAUGGUAUCACCAUUCGCGCCGGCGAUCCUCGUCCACAACCCGGCACCCCACGCUUCGACAAGCAUCGCCGACGCAUUUUCAUCUUCGUCGUGACCGCAUAUCUUGUAUACACCUUAUACGAAAGCUUCUACCAAGUUCGCGCCACCGGGGACUUUUACAAUGUAUUAGGGGUAUCUCCACUAGCAGACGAGCGUACAAUUAAAUCACGUUUCCGCCGCUUAGCCGCCCAAUACCAUCCCGACAAGGCGAACCAGCUCCCCAAUGGCGGCGGUACAGAGGGCGUUUUUGUAUAUCUGAAGCUGGCGCAAGAUACCUUGCUCGACCCAGCUCGUCGGUUUGGUUACGACCGAUUCGGACCGACUGUCAACGAAUGGCGCAACUCCAGCACGAUGCAGGAUUUUCUAUAUGCGGGAUUGAAACAGGCGUUGGUCCAGUAUACAGCUGGCCUGGCAACGAUUGUGGUGUUGAAUUUUGUGUAUUGGUCGGCAUGGGGUCGAUAUUGGCGGUUUUAUACCUUUGCGGGCUUGGUUGUGCUCGAACUUGUACUGAUGACGCAGCCAUUGGUGAUUUUCAUGCCGCAGAACUAUAUCCCAGCGAGUUUGCUAGCGUAUUUCCCGCAAGCAGCGCCGAAGUUUUACCUCCUGCCCUUUCAAAUCAUUUCCCUCGCGCGGCGAGUCUCUAUUACAAUUCACAUCUUCAUCUCGCAAAUUACACCGGCACAGUCAGCGUCGGCGGCAGCUGGGACGGGUCUGAAUCCGCAGACGGUGCAACGACUAGGCCAGAUGGUGCAGCUGUCGAAGAUAGCCGAUACGGAGGCGUCUGGGUUGCUGUAUCUCACAUUGAGCCCGUUUCGCGGAGACCGCGAGAGCGUUGCGACGCUGCGCCGAGGUAUGAAGGAGGGUCUGGUUCUUGGAAGUGUGCGCAAUACACCCGAGGUUAAAGAAGCGGUUACUCGAGCGCAGCAGAGACGGGUGAGGGUGGAUGAGCAGAUUGAAUAGAUGGAUAUAGACUAGUAUACAUUUAUACAUUCUAUUUAUUUAUUAGAAUACACUGUACAUUUCUCAGGAUAUCGUGUGGUAACUACAAACUGUAGCUGGCCUAGGCAUUAGUAUUGAAAAUUACUGAGAUCAGUGUCUGGUGUCAUAACGGCGACAUCUGGGGUGGGCAGCUAGAGUUUCCUGUGUCAAAGUCUAGGUUGGUGCUAAUCUAGUCGCCCGGUGGCGAUGCUUGAUGAUUCUGAGGUGCACAGGUUGGCUUGAUGUGUUAGCCGGGUGGUGUGAGACUGGGGGGCAGUGUUUACAGUGUACCCAGCCGCAGGUAUGUUAAUCUGAGACUUAAAAAGUAGGGUUACUCAUUCCCACUCCCUUCCCUGCCAUUCCCAGGCC